UCAACCAUGUAAAUUGGCAGGGAAGUCAUUGCUUCCUAGCAAAGACCAAGAAUGGACGCAUAUGCACUUUGUCGCGUGUUUAAGAAAAUAGUGAUUGAGGCGAAACCAAGGGAUCAACAUCAGCAGCAGCAUCAACCUUACGUCCAUACGAGCUCGAAUCUAAGCGGUAACUCGAGUUUUGACGUUUGUUCAGAUCUUGAAAUAAGUUCAAACGCACAUCAAGCUCUACCUUAUAAUAACGCUGCCGAUAUCCAAUCACGAUUUGGAAACGCAAACGCAAUCACUGAUCAUGAUAACUGGUCGCAGUACUUGUCACAAAACAUGCCUACGAGCUUUUCAGAUUAUGGAUCUCCUUAUGGACCAUACCUCACACAGUCAAAGGUGAAUACAGAAAUGGAAUGUGAGAUGUUGCAACAUCAAAUGUCACUGCCACCAUUGCGAGUAGAAAACUCGCCAGCUCAAACCAGCGAUUUCUCCAAGAGAAUGUAUCAAAACAGUGGUCAAAGCGGUUUCGACGACUUUACUUUCGCUGCAAGUAACUCCAACCAAUUCUAUAACAACAACGCUGAUGAUCAUUUAAUACACAUUGGAGAUCUCGAUGAUGGAAAUUCGACAUGGAUGAGAAUGUCUAACGAGAAUCUAAAACAGAGUUUUAUAGAAGAAGAAGAGAUUUUACCAAGUUUCGAGACUAAUGAUCAAGAUCUUGAAUUUUAUGUUCUUUUGGCCGAGCGAAGAGGCGCAGUCACGCCGGAGCUCGUGACCCUAGAGGCGGUCUCGCCAGGUUGGCGAGCAGAAGUCACGAUGGGUUCCAUUGAAGAAGAUCAAGACCUCUCAUCGAAGAAGGUUUAAUAUUACAGGUCUGUUCAAUUUCGAUCUCUUGGAUUCCAUUAAUCAAUUAGGUUUUGGGAA